AUGCUCUCAUUCUCAUUACCCUCCUUCGGUUUCCUACCAUCUUGGAAACGCCAGACAGUCUUCGAUAUUCCACCAGUGAAGGUCCAUGAGGUCGAUACAGCCCACGAAAAGCCCGCCAGGGCCUUGAAGCACCUGCUCAAACUGAACCACGCGAAUCACGCCAUCCUGUACAACGAGCGGAAAUUCCACAACCAUGCCCCUCAUAUUCUGAGUUCAGCGUUUCUGCAAGGCGCAGACGCGGAUGAUCUGAACCGAGUAUAUGAGGCUGAGUCGAAGACGCUUGAGCCGUGGGUUGAUUCUCCAGGGGAGAUUAGCACGUAUGACUGGCGGGAUUAUCUCGGACGGCGGGAGUACCAGCGGGCGUUUGUGGAUUUCUUUGAGGAUGAGCUUGUCCGGCAUGGGUAUGACUGGAAGAAGGUCGUAGCGGAUUAUCUGUUCUCCGGCAAGGAGCCACUGUUUAGUUCGCUUGUUGCUGACCUUGGGCAUCCGUUGAUUCAUCUGGGGUAUGCCUUUGAGAUGUCGAGUCGGGAGGUCGCCAUGGAAGCGUUGGGUCUUGCGGCAACUUGCUACAACGACAUACACAAGUACAUUGAUGAUUCGUCCUAUUCCAAGGCGGAAUCGUCGUACCAUUCUACUUCGCUUUUUGAGAUCCUAGCCAGGGUCCGUGCUGACAAGCGCUUUAAAGGGCUGUUCGCAACCCCAGGGGACCAUAACUUGGAGACUCUCUUCCGGCACCACGAGGCUGCCCUACUGGACCAUUGGAACGCUUGGAAGAUUGAGGAUCCUGUGCCUCAGUUCCGCGAGAGCCAGCAACUCGCCGCCGCUGUGCUUACUGCUACACAAACAGAUCCCACCGAGAAAUACGACUUCUUCCUCGUGCAUAUCCUUACCACCAGCCAUGCUGUCCGGAUCCUCCUGCCGUUGAUUCCUGCGCGGUUUCAAGUCCCACUCGUCAGGCAGUGGUGGCUGAUGACGCUGGCUGUGUACAUCGCCCAGCUCAGACCCGAGAUCGACCUUGACCGAAUUCGAAAUUACGACCUGCAAGGAAGAGACUGGAAAUGGACCGCCAAGCAAGCGGUCAAGAGCAAGCAUUCUACGGAUGCACAUUAUGUCAAAGCUCUGCGUGCUAUGCGGGAGGCAGCAGCAACAUGGGGAGACUCGGAUGAGCUUUAUCUGAAGGCAGCUGUGAAGUUUGCAGAGCAGUUCAACGGUUGGGGAGGGUUUGUAUGA